AUGACCGCCAAUAUCGACGCCAAAACGAUGGAAAUACCGAUAACGAUGCCAGGCCCCAGUGCCUAUAUGAUGCCAGGCCACAGUGCCUAUAUGAUGCCAGGCCCCAGUGCCUACGAUGCCAGGCCCCAGUGCCUAUAUGAUGCCAGGCCCCAGUGCCUACGAUGCCAGGCCUCAGUGCCUAUAUGA